AUGUCGAACGAAAAACUAUCUUCACCCUUAGAAGAAGCAAAUGUUCCAUUAAUAUUACCAAAUGAACAACAACAACAAGAACAAACUCUCACAAGAAAGGUUUUGAUUGAAUCAAAGAAGCUAUGGCAUAUAGUAGGUCCUGCAAUUUUCAGUCGUAUUACAUCCUUUUCUAUGUUAGUCAUCACUCAAAUCUUUGCCGGUCAUAUCGGUAUCCUUGAACUUGCUGCUAUCAACAUCGCUGUUAAUGUUAUCGUUGGCUUCGAUUUUGGACUCUUGUUGGGAAUGGCGAGUGGAUUGGAAACUCUUUGUGGACAAGCAUUUGGAGCAAAACAAUAUCACAUGUUAGGAGUAUACAUGCAACGAUCAUGGAUAGUACUAUUCAUAUGCUGCGUUCUUCUAUUACCAAUCUAUCUUUUCGCAUCGCCGGUGUUAAAAGCCUUGGGACAACCAGAAGAUUUAGCAGAAUUAUCAGGAGAAGUUGCAAUGUGGUUGAUACCGUUACAUUUCACAUUAGCGUUUCAAUUUCCUCUUAGUAGAUUCUUACAGUGUCAACUUAAAACCGCCGUUAUAGCUUGGGUUUCUCUGAUUGCACUUUUGAUUCAUAUUUUUGUUAGCUGGUUGUUUGUGUAUAAGUUUCAGCUUGGAUUAAUUGGAGCUGCUGCUACUUUGAAUUUCUCUUGGUGGGCCCUAACGAUUGGGCUUUAUGUUUAUACUGUUUGCGGCGGUUGUCCUUUGUCAUGGCGGGGGUUUUCAAUGGAGGCUUUUUCUGGCCUUUGGGAAUUUCUUAAACUCUCUGCUCCUGCUGGAGUUAUGAUGUGUUUGCAGAAUUGGUAUUAUAAAAUUUUGAUGUUGAUGACAGGGAAUCUACCAAAUGCAGCAAUCGCACUAGAUGCUCUAUCCAUUUGUAUGACAAUAAAUGGUUUGGAGAUGAUGAUUCCAUUGGCAUUCUUUGCAGCAACAGGAGUGAGGGUUGCAAACGAGCUUGGAUCUGGGAAUGGGAAAGGAGCAAAAUUUGCUACUACUGUGUCAGUGUUGACAUCACUAGCAAUAGGAUUUGUCUUCUGGAUAUUGAUUUUGGCAUUUCACAAUGAAAUUGCCUACAUAUUUACUCCUAGUAAACCUGUUCUUGAUGAAGUAGCCAAGCUUUCUCAACUUUUAGCAUAUACAAUUCUCUUCAAUAGUAUUCAGCCAGUUCUAGGAGGAGUGGCUGUCGGAGCAGGAUGGCAAUCAUAUGUUGCAUACAUAAAUUUAGGUUGCUAUUAUGUUAUUGGACUUCCUCUUGGAAUUUUAAUGGGUUGGUACUUCCAUCAAGGAGUUAUGGGAAUCUGGGCAGCAAUGAUUUUUGGUGGAACAGCAACUCAGACAUUGAUAUUGUGUUGGAUUACACUUAGGUGUGAUUGGGAGAAAGAGGCAGCAAAAGCAAAAUUACAUGUUUCAAAGUUUUCAGAUGAAAAAGAACAACUGAAUUAG